CGUGCACUGCAGCGAACUCACAUCGAGAUCAACGAUAGAGCCAAGCACAAACACGAGCUAGACGACGCUAUCAGCGAAGCAGAAACACACACACACACACACAAAAUCUCCCGGUGUUUUGUUUAGCACAGUCUAGUGUUUCCCAUGGCGCCCGUGCAGACACCGGAGCAGAGCAACGGGUCACUGACGUUGAACCCGGUGGUGCAGCGCGUGCUGAGCCGCGGCAAGUCGCUGCUGUCGCCGUCCACGCCGCGGUCGCCGCCGCCGUCGUACGGGAGCAUCGUCACCGUGCUGAGCAUCGACGGCGGCGGCGUGCGCGGCAUCAUCCCGGGCACCAUCCUCGCGUUCCUGGAGGAGAAACUGCAGGAGCUGGACGGCCCCGAGGCUCGGCUCGCCAACUACUUCGACGUGAUCGCCGGGACGAGCACCGGCGGGCUGGUGACCGCCAUGCUCACCGCGCCUAACGACAACGGCGACCCGCUGUUCGCCGCCAGGGACAUCAACGACUUCUACCUCGAGCACUGCCCCAGGAUCUUCCCUCCCGUCAGCAAGGGGCCUCUCGGUCUGUUCAAGAGCAUGACGGGGCCCAAGUACGACGGCCGGCACCUCCACUCCGUCGUGCAGCAGCUGCUCGGCGACAAGCGCGUCGACAGCACCAUCACCAACAUCGUCGUCCCGACCUUCGACAUCAAGCUCCUCCAGCCAACAAUCUUCUCGACCUACAACGCUCGCAAGGACGUGUCCAAGAACGCGCUUCUGUCGGACGUGUGCAUCAGCACGUCGGCGGCGCCGACGUACCUCCCCGGCCACCGCUUCGAGACGACGGACAAGGACGGCAAGCCCCGGGAAUUUAACCUCGUCGACGGCGGCUUCGCCGCGAACAAUCCGACGCUGCUGGCGAUGACACACGUAACCAAGCAGAUCCUGCUGGGCUGCCAGGACUUCUUCCCGAUCAAGCCGGCGGACUACGGCAAGUUCAUGAUCCUGUCGCUGGGCACCGGCUCGGCCAAGAUCGAGAAGAAGUUCGACGCCGUCGAGAGCGGCCGGUGGGGCGUCCUCGGCUGGCUGUUCAACAAGGGCGCGACGCCGCUGAUCGACAGCUUCAGCCAGGCCAGCGCCGACCUCGUCGACAUCCACGCAUCCGUGCUCUUCCAGGCGCUGCACUGCGAGAAGCGCUACCUCCGCAUCCAGGACGACGAGCUCACCGGCGACGCGGCGUCCGUCGACGUCUCCACGCCGGAGAACCUCCAGAGGCUCGUCGGCGUCGGCAAGGCGCUGCUCAAGAAGCAGGCGUGCAAGGUCGACCUCGAGACCGGCAAGAACGAGCCGGACAUGAACCGGAAAAGUAACGAGGAGGAGCUGGUGCUUUUCGCCGAGAUGCUGUCGCGAGAACGGAAGGCCAGGCUUCAGAAAAAGCAGGGGAGCAUGAAGAUCUAGUACAUAUUGGCAAAUUGUAGCAGAUCUUCGGAUCAAUACUACAGGUCUACAACUACUAUUGGUGUCAAGUGAUUGGAUGUAAAAUUUAUCCGUUCAUAUUGGAUGUUUGUUGUAUCUUCGUAAAUUCAUGUACAUCUAUGUAAGGAAAUGAUUCUAAACUCUCGAGAAGAUAUCUAUGUGAGUAGUAAUGAAAAAAAGCUUUUUACUAUCAAA